AUGGAAUUCGUUGGCAAGAAAUACAAAAUGGUCUCCUCUGAGAACUUCGAUGAAUUCAUGAAAACUAUUGGUGUUGGUCUCAUCACCCGCAAAGCCGCAAACGCUGUGACCCCUACUGUAGAGCUGCGUCAGGACGGCGACACCUACAUACUGGUCACAUCUUCCACCUUCAAAACCACCGAGAUGAAGUUCAAGCCCGGUGAAGAGUUCGAUGAAGAACGUGCUGAUGGAGCUAAGGUGAAAUCAGUGUGUACUUUCGAAGGCAACACUUUGAAGCAAGUGCAAAAGGCGACCGAUGGACUCGAAGUCACUUAUGUGAGGGAAUUCGGUCCUGAAGAGAUGAAGGCUGUAAUGACAGCAAAGGACGUAACUUGCACCAGAGUGUACAAAGUACAA